AUGAACCGGGAUUUUUGGAGAAGACAUAAAAGAAAGGUCUAUGUUUCUCUUGGGCUUUGUGGAGGUGGGUACCUAUUAUACAAGUUUUAUGAUGCUUAUUCAAAGAGGAUUUCUGAACUCGAGAGACAACUUGCUGAUGAGCAAGAGAAUGAUGAGCUUCUUAAGGCCCAGAUGCAAAUGCACUUUGAGAACAUCCAAAGAAUAGCUAAUACGAUGACAUUGCCACAUGCCAUGCUUUAUUUGAGUAGCCGGGUCUCAGAAGAGUUGGAUCUUUUGCAUCUUACAGAGAGGUUGAUAAAAGGAAAGGGUCAGCCCAACAGUUUGACACCUUCAGAAAAACUUGAGCUUUGGGAUAGGCUUAAAAUAUUAAGUUUCACUAGGAUGGUGUUGUCUAUCUGGGCGAUGACUGCAAUUAGCUUAUACAUUAGAAUUCAGGUCAACAUCUUAGGGAGACAUCUAUACAUAGAUACUGCACAAGACCUUGGUGGAUUUCAACCUAAGGAUGGCGAACCGAUGGAUAGAAGCGACGAACAACUGUUUUUGGCGAGUGCUGAUUUUCUUUCAAGUCAGAGAAUUCCCACACUCAUAUCUAAUAUGCAAGCUGCCACAACUGAAGUUCUCAGAGGAAAGCAGUUGAGGGAUAUCUUCAAUUCUAGUGUACUUGAUGAAACAAUUAUGCAUAUAUUGAACACGUUCAUGAGCAAUGAGAGACAUCAUCACUGGGUGGAUUAUUUGAUGCCCGAGGCAGGCAGUCGCGUCACUAAACUAGAUCAACUCAUGGGGGAGACACGAGCAGUUUUAUCAAGUUCUGAAUUUGGAAAUAUUCUAGAGAUGUCGCUGAAAAAAGUGGUGGAGGGAUUGAUGGAGGACAUGACGUUACAGUUUGGUGUUGGUGUUGGUGGUGAUGGGAGUUUGGGUGUACCACUUGCCAAACUUAUUCCACGCGUUGCACAGAUUAGUCCGCUGCUGCUGGAGGAACCCAGCCGAAAUAAGUUUACUCAUAUCAUUCAAAACAUUCCCCAAGUUGAACUUUUCUUCACUCUGCUCUACACAAACAUUCGGGCAGACCGGUUGAUUGCUAGACAUGCUAUGAUGACUAAACUGACUGCAACAGUCGAGAGCCAGAAGCCUAAUUGUUCAUUGCCCAGGAGUGUGAGGACUGCAAAUUACUUGGCAGUUUUAUCUAUAUCUUGAUAAGCUCUUGCAGCUUUGAGAUCCCUUAAGUGCUGAUUUUGUAAAAAUUUCCAAAUAGAAAAAUUAUAAAUGGGUUUCAAAUACCUAUUAUUUUCUAGGACCGACCAAAAUGCCCUUUGAUGGCACGUCAACAGCAGUAAUUGGUGGUGAAUUGGAACAACAACCAAAGCAAUCACUGGUCUGUUACAAUCUGUUAUGGCUACGUUUCCACAUUUCCAACUAAAUUCUUUAUGGAAAAAGUUGUAAUUCCAUUCAAUCAAUAAACAAAAAGUAAAAUUUUACUAUAAACAAUGCUUACUUUUCAAAUAAAAAAUACAUCUUGAUUGCCAAAUAGGGAAUCUGAAACAACCACCCUCCUAACAGAAUCCAAAUCACAACUUAGAUCAAUGGAUUUACCUUCGCAUCCCUGCAAGUGCCGGUACAACUUAAGUAGCAGUUAAUGAGCCAAAACUUAAUAAAACCUCUUGCUUAGAAAUAAGGGAAUUAGCCUAAUAUGUAAAAAACAUAAAAAAAAUUAAAUUUGAAUUUGACGGGUACCUGAACCAUUAUUGUUCUUG